CUAUUACAAAAAUUUUUGUUAUUAUUAUUAAUAGUAUUAUUUAUUAAAUCUAAAGAAGAAUAAAAAAAAAAAAAAAGUGUCAUAAAAAACUACUCAAAAACGGCUAUUAUCCCUCUAAAAGCCUCAAUAAAGUUGAAACAUCUGCACCCCGUUAAUCCAUAAACUCUUUCUUUUCCCCUUCAAUCUUUUCAUAAUCUUCAAUCUGAGUAUUUAUUUACUUACUUAUAAAUCCCCUCAAAUUUGGCUAAUUUUUGAACAAUUCCUCUUUUGAGGUUUUUCUUCUUGUCGUUUCUCAUACACAUCUGUUUCAAGUUUCAGUUUUUAUAAUCUGAGAUUUCGUUAUAUCGCUGAAGAAGUUGAGAAGUUUUGUACAAGUUAAGAUAAAUUGAGAAUUUUUUUUGUUGUUGAGAUUAAUUGAAAAGGUUUAUAACUUUAGUUUAAUUCUAUUUUGGGUUUUCUUUUUGCCGUUUCUGACACAUCUGUGAGUGUGGAAAAAAUUUGGGAAUUUUUGUAGCAGUUAAGAUAGAUUGAGAGAUUAAUUGAAAGGGUUGAAACUUGAUUUCCUGAUGUCGACCAAAUUAGGUUCUGCUCAAGAUUUAGCAGAAAAAAUGUUAUUGAUGGCGGAACAAGGAGGACAUUAUUGUUCUAAAAAAACGGAUAGUUUAUGCAAAGACUGUUGUUGCCAGCAGUCAAGCAAAUCAAGCAUGUCUAGACUAUGCUGUGUUCUUCGAGGGCUCGAUUUGAAGGCCUGUUUAUUCUUGUUCUUGAUCAUUCCGGUAUGCACUAUUGGUAUCUACAUACAUGGGCAAAAGAUUACCUAUUUUCUUCGACCGUUGUGGGAAAAACCACCCAAACCUUUUCACAUGAUUCCUCACUAUUACAAUGAAAAUGUGACUAUGGAACAUCUUUGUAAGCUUCAUGGUUGGGGUGUUCGUGAGUAUCCAAGGCGUGUUUAUGAUGCUGUUCUUUUCAGUAAUGAGGUCGAUAUACUUAAUUUAAGAUGGCAGGAGCUGUACCCUUAUAUUACUCAGUUUGUGUUGCUCGAGUCGAAUUCUACAUUCACCGGGAUUCCAAAGCCUCUGGUGUUUGCUGCCAAUAGAGACCAGUUUAAAUUUGUGGAGCCUCGUUUGACUUAUGGGUCUAUUGGGGGUCGGUUUGUUAAGGGAGAAAACCCUUUUGUCGAGGAAGCGUAUCAACGCGUUGCAUUGGAUCAGCUCCUACGAAUUGCGGGUAUUUCAGAUGAUGAUCUUUUGAUUAUGUCGGAUGUUGAUGAGAUACCGAGUAGGCAUACCAUCAAUCUCUUGAGGUGGUGCGACGAUAUCCCUGAUGUUCUUCAUUUACAGCUCAAGAACUACUUAUACUCAUUUGAGUUUCACGUGGAUAACAACAGUUGGAGAGCUUCAGUUCAUAAAUAUCAAACAGGGAAGACGAAAUAUGCCCAUUUUCGACAAACUGAUGAUAUGUUGGCUGAUGCUGGGUGGCAUUGCAGCUUUUGUUUUCGUCGUAUCAGUGAGUUUAUAUUCAAAAUGAAAGCUUAUAGCCAUAGUGAUAGAGUGAGAUUUGCUCAUUUCUUAAAUCCCAAAAGAAUUCAGAGAGUAAUAUGCAAAGGUGCCGACUUGUUCGAUAUGCUACCCGAGGAAUACUCGUUUAAGGCUAUAAUCGCAAAGAUGGGGUCCGUCCCUCAUUCUUACUCCGCAGUUCAUUUACCGUCAUAUCUCUUGGAAAACGCUGACAAGUAUAAAUUUCUUUUGCCCGGAAAUUGCAUGAGGGAAAGUGAGUAAACACAUUCAAGCAGCUCUUCAUUUUCAUCUGCUGCUUGUCUAUCGGGUGGUGUUCCGAGAUACAUUUCGACCAAAACUUUUUUCUCUGUGAUGUUUUCGAAAUCACAAUCGGUCAAUCAGAGUUUUUGGAAUCCUGUACAUAUGUAAUCCCUGGAGCUCGUUUUUGUUUUGAAAAUUGGUACACAUCCGAUUGCUCAGGAGUCUCCGGUAUAAGCUUUGGUAUGGCGCUAUGACUAAUCUCGUAUAUUCGUAGAUUGAGAUAAUAUGAGGCUGUUUCUUCGAGCAUUAGACAGUUUUGUGUCGUGGUUUUAGACUAAUAUAUUCGUACAUUCUUUCACCUCUAUCUUUGGUAUACCAUGUUCUAUGGAUUCUCCGGCUUAUCAGUUAUUCAAUUCAUUGAUUCAUAUUCCUUAAUAUAUUAUGCAUGUUUGGGUUUCUUGCUUUGAUGAACUAGACUAGAUGAGAAGAACAAUCCAUCUGUUAGUUUGCUGGGACUGGGAGUUGUUUAUUCCUGGUUGAAUUUUCUGGUUGAUGGAAAAUAUUUUUCAGACAGCUGUAAUGUAGAAUAUAUUGCUGGAUAGGAAUUAUUGCUUUUGUAUUCAUACACCACUAUAAGCCUUCUUUGUUAAGGAUUCAUGAGUGCUAAGUUAUUAUUCUUAACUGAAAAGGAAUUGAUUCAA